AUGGAUAUUCUCAUUCACCAAUCCCCUGGAGAACUGGUCUAUCUAUAUAUCUCAGCAAGACGAUUAUAAAACUUGGGUAAUUCCAACAUCCAAGAUUUCAGAUGUAGAGUCUAUUCAAAGGACGAUUUCAUAGGAGAAACUGAAGUCUCUCGUUCUACACUUGAUCCUGACUUCAAAUAACCCAUUCCUAUCAUGUAUAAGUUUAAUAAGAGAUAAAAACUUGUCUUCUAAAUGAUUGAUGCAGAUUAAGAAUUAGCAAGCCAACUUGUGAGUUAGAAUUCUUCUACUUCUAUUGUGGGUAUUUGCAAAUAACCCUUGGCAAAAUUAAUGGGAGCAAGGAAUUCCUUAAGUCAAUUAAAUUUGAUGAGAGGAGAUUAAAUUGUAGGCAACAUCAUAAUUCAUGUAGCCCGAAAAGGACCUUAAAUUAUAGGUUAAAAAGAAUAAGGACAUAAAGUAACAGAAAUUAAAUGGCGUUGGGGAGGUAUUUAAAUAAUCACAAUUAAUAUAGGUGUUAAAUUACUUGACCUUGAUUUCUUCACCAAAUCAGAUCCAUUUGCUAAGUUUUAUAGGAUUAAUGGAUAAUAAACAGAGCUGAUUCAUAAAACUGAAGUAAUUAAAAACAAUUUAAAUCCAAAUUGGAUGUGUUGGGAAACAACAGAGAAUGAGCUCAUCAAAUAUUCUAAAAAUCUAUAUGUCGAAGUCAUGGAUUAUGAUAAAAUGGGAUCUGAAGAGGUAUGAUCAAAUAUAAAUAUAGAUUGGACAUGUAACAAUUAAUUAUGACGAAAUCAAAAUUAACAAAAGAACUGAAUUUCCUUUAUUGACUCCUAAAGGAAAAAAUGCUGGCACAUUGAAAUUAUUAGAAUUAAUCAUUGUAGAACCUAAAGAGGAAAAAAAAGAAAUUGUUUAAGAAUAACCAAAAGAACCUACUUUUUUAGAUUAUUUAAUGGGUGGAUGGUAAAUGUCAUUAUCAAUUGGUAUUCAAUUAAAUUAAUUAUAUUAGGAAUUGACUUUACUUUUUCAAAUUAACCCAUUACCAAACCUGAUUCUUUGCAUAAAAUAGAUCCACAUAAAUUAAAUUAUUAUUAAUAAGCAAUAAAAGAUAUUGGAGGUGGAAUUAUUGCAUUUGAUUAUGAUAAAUAAGUUCCUGUAUAUGGAUUUGGAGGAACACCUAAAUUGCCAACAUAUACAAAAUCUACAAUGGAUGAUUGUUUCCCUUUGAAUGGAAAUAAAGAUAAACCUUUUUGUAAUGAUAUGGAAGGAAUUCUGUAAGCCUAUAUUGAAGCAGUUCCAAAUAUAGUAUUUUCAGGUCCAACCUUUAUUGCAAAUGUGCUAAAUAAAGCUCUAUAAUUUGCAAAGGAAAAUGCUUAAAAAAAUACAUACACAGUAGCCAUGAUUUUAACUGAUGGUUAAAUUGAAGAUCAGUAAUAUAAAUUCAUAAAGUCUUUAGAGAUGAUGCCAUAAAAGUACUACUUGAAUGCUAAUCUCUUCCUAUGUCAAUAAUUAUAAUUGGAGUAGGAGAUGAGAAUUUCAAAUACAUGAAAUAGUUUGAUGAUCCAAUGUUCCUUAAAAAACACUCAAAAUCUGAUAUGAAUGUUAGAGAUAUCAUUCAAUUUGUAUCAUUCCAAGAUUAUAAAAAUGACAUUGAAUAAAUGAGUUCAGCUGUUCUUGAUCAUUUGCCUAAAUAAUUUAUGGACUACAUGCAUAUCAAUAAUAUCUAACCCAUCAAGAUGUAAUCUGUUCAUCUUAGUAAAGCCUUCAUAUGA